AUGACCACUCAGCAAAAACUGUUCACGAAUGCUACGGUGGUUACUGUAGAUUCCGAGCAAACAAUCUGGCUGGACGGAGCCAUCUUGGUCGAUGGGAACAGGAUUACGACUAUUGGUAAAACAGCCUCACUGCUAAAAGACUCUUUGCUGCAGCCCGACUUGGAAGUUGUGAACUGCCAGGGCAAAAUUAUUAUACCUGGCCUUGUCAAUACGCACGCACAUCUCGGCCAAUCCAUUUUACGUGGCUUAGCAGAGGAUGUUCCGCUGCACACAUGGUUGUGCGACUCCAUCUGGCCCCUUGAGGCAAGCUACCAAGGCACUGAUGGAUAUGUUGCUAGCCGAGUGACCAUUGCUGAAAUGCUGAAAAGUGGUACUACGUGUUUUCUGGAGGCGUUGCUUACCCAUCAAAGUGGGUUUGAAAAUGCUGUUCGAGCGGUCGAUGAGAUGGGGAUUCGAGCGGUUCUUGGAAAGCUUGUCAAGGUUGAAGAAACAGGAACGUUCAGUCUUGCUGACGCCCGAGAUCGAGAUGUUUCAAGUAUGUCAAUAGAUGCAGCACUUGCGGCACACGACCAGUAUGACGGCUCUUGUGGCGGACGACUUCAUGUCUGGAUGGCGGCCGGAACUCCUAGAGGCACAGCAGAGUCAGCUCACAAAGCUAUCGGGGAUGCGUGCGCUGAACAUAAUAUUGGCCUUACCAUGCACUGCGCCGAGGCGCCGAAGGAUCUUGUCAUCUAUCGGGAAUGUUAUGACUGCAGUCCAGUAGAAUUCUGUCAAAGGACGAAUCUCAUCUCCAAGGGUAGGAAGACCGUGCUUGCCCACAUGGUGAACCUUGAUCUCAACAAAGACCUGCCAAUAUUGGGCGAAUUGGGAGCUUCAGUUGCUCACAACCCAAGCAGUAACUGCAAGCUAGGGUCAGGGAUCGCUGCAGUGCCUGAAAUGCUAGCCCAAAAAAUUAAUGUCAGCCUUGGAACCGAUGGUGCACCGUGUGCAAAUACAUAUGAUAUGAUUCAAGAGAUGCGAAUGGCUGCUCUCGUUCAAAAGGGUUCCCGGCAAGACGCAUCAGCUAUUACUGCAGAAUGGGUUCUGAAGAUGGCCACGAUCAAUGGCGCCAAAGCACUGGGGCUAGAGAACGAGAUUGGAAGUCUUGAAAAGGGCAAAAAGGCAGAUUUUGUUGUCAUUGAUCCAUCAUCUCUUCAUUGUGUGCCUUUUGACCCAGCACAGAUUCUAGAAGGCGGGAUUGAUCCCGUCACCGUUAUAGUGUUCUCAUGUUCAGGCUCGGAUGUGGACAAAGUUGUGGUUGAUGGGCAAAUAUUAGUAGAUAGCCGCCAGCUGGAUAAGAAAGCAAAGUGGGAUUUGUAG